AUGAAGGCUCUCAUUCUCGUCGGUGGCUUCGGUACCCGUCUCCGCCCUUUGACCUUCUCCAAGCCCAAGCCUCUCGUUGACUUUGCGAACAGGCCAAUGAUCAUGCACCAAAUCGAGGCUCUUGCCAAGGUUGGAGUUAAGGAGAUUGUCCUGGCCGUCAACUACCAGCCCAAGACUAUGGUGGACGCCAUGCACGAGGUCGAGGAGCUGUACAAGGUCAAGAUUCACUUCUCGAUCGAAUCGGAACCGCUCGGCACGGCCGGUCCCCUUGCCCUUGCCCGCGACAUCCUCGCCAAGGACGACUCCCCAUUCUUCGUUCUCAACUCCGAUGUCAUUUGCGAGUUCCCCUUCGAAGAGCUCCUCAACUUCCACAAGGAGCACGGUUGUGAAGGAACUCUCAUGACCACCCCGGUGGAGGACCCUACAAAGUACGGUGUCAUCGUGCAGAAGGAGGGAUCAUGCGCCAUCGACCGUUUCGUCGAGAAGCCAAAGGAAUUCGUCGGCAACCAGAUCAACGCCGGUAUCUACAUCUUCAACCCCAAGAUGCUCGACCGCAUCGAGCCCAAGCCAACCUCCAUCGAGAAGGACGUCUUCCCCUUCAUGGCCAAGGCUGGUCAGCUCCACGCUAUGCCAUUGGCAGGAUUCUGGGCUGACGUCGGUCAACCCAAGGACUUCCUGUCCGGUACCGCACUAUACCUGGAGUCCCUCCACCACCACCAACCGGACGCACUGAAGAAGGCUGAGGAUAUCGUCGGUCACGUCAUGGCCCACCCUUCCGCCAAGAUCGGAAAGAACUGCAAGAUCGGUCCCAACGUUGUUCUUGGCCCCAACACUGUCAUCGGUGACGGUGUGCGCAUCUCCAACGCCGUCAUCAUGGACGGUUCUUCCGUGAGAGACAACGCAUGCGUUCACGAUUCGAUUAUCGGAUGGGCAUCGUCGGUCGGCCGAUGGGGUCGUCUCGAGAACAUCACCGUUCUGGGAGAGGACGUCCACGUUGCUGACGAAGUGUUCGUAAAUGGAGGCUGCGUCCUCCCCCACAAGAGCGUUGGUGCCAACAUUCUUGAGCCAAGAAUCGUUAUGUAG